CCGUCUGAGCGCCUGUCCCAGGAAUGUAGCGAGCGCUGAUAAGAGAAGCGAUACAAACGUUACGCCGAGGGCACAGAAGACCUGGACACCGGCGAAGUCGAGACUGGAACGUAUCCGCCCGCUCCCGAACAGCACCAUGAGGGAAAUCGUUCACAUCCAGGCUGGCCAGUGCGGGAAUCAGAUCGGGGCAAAGUUCUGGGAGGUAAUAAGCGAUGAACACGGCAUCGAUCCCACUGGUAGUUACCAAGGUGACAGUGACCUGCAACUGGAGAGGAUAAACGUCUACUAUAAUGAGGCAUCCGGUAACAAGUUCGUCCCCCGUGCCAUCCUGGUGGACCUGGAGCCCGGCACGAUGGACUCGGUGCGCUCAGGCCCAUUCGGGCAGCUCUUCAGACCUGACAACUUUGUCUUUGGUCAGAGCGGAGCCGGAAACAACUGGGCCAAGGGCCACUACACCGAGGGAGCCGAGCUGGUGGACUCGGUCCUGGAUGUGGUGAGGAAGGAGUCGGAGAACUGCGACUGCCUCCAGGGCUUCCAGCUUACCCAUUCCCUGGGCGGAGGUACUGGCUCAGGCAUGGGAACGCUACUCAUCAGCAAGAUCCGGGAGGAGUACCCCGACCGCAUCAUGAACACCUUCAGCGUCAUGCCAUCUCCUAAGGUGUCCGACACUGUCGUGGAGCCCUACAACGCCACGCUGUCCGUUCACCAGCUGGUGGAAAACACGGACGAAACCUUCAGCAUCGACAACGAGGCACUUUACGACAUCUGCUUCCGCACGCUGAAGCUGACCACGCCCACAUACGGAGACCUCAACCACCUGGUGUCGGCCACCAUGAGCGGGGUGACCACGUGUCUGCGCUUUCCCGGCCAGCUUAACGCCGACCUCCGUAAACUGGCCGUAAACAUGGUCCCCUUCCCCCGCCUGCACUUCUUCAUGCCGGGCUUCGCCCCCCUCACCAGCAGGGGGAGCCAGCAGUACCGUGCCCUCUCCGUGCCCGAGCUAACGCAGCAAAUGUUCGACGCCAAGAACAUGAUGGCGGCCUGCGACCCCCGUCACGGCCGGUACCUCACCGUGGCGGCCAUCUUCCGCGGCCGCAUGUCAAUGAAGGAGGUGGACGAGCAGAUGCUGAGCGUGCAGAACAAGAACAGCAGCUACUUUGUGGAGUGGAUCCCGAACAAUGUCAAAACUGCUGUCUGUGACAUCCCUCCCCGCGGCCUCAAGAUGUCGGCCACCUUCAUUGGCAACAGCACGGCCAUCCAGGAACUCUUCAGGAGGAUCUCCGAGCAGUUCACCGCCAUGUUCCGGCGCAAGGCCUUCCUCCACUGGUACACCGGGGAGGGCAUGGAUGAGAUGGAGUUCACUGAGGCCGAGAGCAACAUGAACGACCUGGUCUCGGAGUACCAGCAGUACCAGGACGCCACCGCCGAUGAGAUGGGCGAGUACGAGGAAGAUGAAAUAGAGGAUGACGAGGACGUCCGCCACUGAUGGCGAGGCACAGAAGUGUGCUACCCUGUGUGCUGUGUCAACCAAUCACUUAAAAUAAUCAAUACUUGUUUUCUGGAAGGUGCAGAAAGAGCGUAGGACGCAGGCUGGAUGUGCAGGAUGUUAAACUAUAUGUCGCGGUACCGAGAUCAUGGUGAAAUAUAGCAGUUUGUCGUAAACACCACUGUGUGUCCAUGUGGCCCAUACUGAAAAAGACCAUGAGUGAUGUUAGAACCCGGCAGCUAUGCGGGUAUUGUAGUCGUUGGUUUUCCGAUUCUCAUGCUUUGCCACUCUCAACAAGGAAGAAACGGUGUUGUCAGAAAAUACGGUUUUGUAACAUUUACCUCAGUAUGCAUUUGCUCUCACAAUUAAGUCACCGAAUAAAAGAUUAUCUCC